UCCGCUCCUCGUCUCCUCUCCCCCACAACCACCACCACCCCGAGGGAAGCCGCGUGGAGCCCUCGUCCAGAUCGGAGCCAGCUCGCCGGGCGAUGCCGCUCCAGCCGCGGGAGUAGCCCGUCUUUGCCCGCCCACCGACCUCAGGAGCGAUGGCGGAGGACGGCGAGGAGAAGCUGCUCGCCACAGUGCAGCACAUCGUGCAGACGCUGGGGAGCAGCGACACCAUGACGGAGGACAUCCUCAAGGUCUUCUCCAACUACGACGGCCGCCUCUCGCUCGACAAGCUCUACGCCGCGCGCGCCGCCGCGGCCGCGGCCGCGUCCGGCGGCGGCGGCGGAGGAGCGGGGGGAAUCGGAGGGGAGCACUCGAUGCCCGCGUCCCCGCCGCUGCCCCCACCGCCUGCGGCGGCGGCGGCCGGGGUGUCGGCCGCGGGGGCCAGGCCGCCGGUGACGUCCAUGGAGCGCACCGUGCGCACGCUGGACCGCCAGAUCUCGCAGUUCGUAGCCAUGGACCGGCUGAUUUGGGCGGACUCCGCCGACGCGGAUGCGUUCCUGGAGGCGGUCGACGACCUCAUCGGCACCGUGCAGGAGCUCGACGCCGCGGGGACCAACCGCGCCCUGCUCGACCGCGCGGACGAGCUGCUCAGCCGGUGCAUGGCGCGGAUGGAGGACGAGUUCCGGGCGCUCAUAGAGCGCCCCGACGACGCGGCCCCCGUGGUGCCCGGCGGGUUCGGGUCGGAUGCGAGCGACGAGGAGGACGACUUCGGCGGCGGGGACGGCUACGGCGACGAGCCGAUUCCGAUCGCCAAGCCGGUGACGGACUACGACGUCGUCAUCGACGCUCUCUCACCGGGCUCCAUCGCCAACGUGCACCAGAUCGCCAAGAGGAUGGUGGACGCCGGCUUCGGCCGUGAGUGCGCCGAGGCAUACGCCGAGGCGCGCCGCAGCUUCGUCGACGAGAGCGUUGCGCGCCUCGGCAUCCGCCCCCGCACCGCCGAGGAGGUCCAUACCUCAGCCUGGGAGGAGCUCGAGUUCGACAUCGCCCGCUGGAUCCCGGCCUUCAAUAUGGUGUUCCGCAUCCUGAUUCCGAGCGAGCGCCGCCUCUGUGACCGCGUUUUCGACGGCCUCGCCCCCUUCGGAGACCUUGCCUUCAUUGCCGCCGUGCGCACCCAGGCGUUGCAGCUCAUAUCGUUCGGCGACGCUAUCUCUUCAUCAAGCCGCGCUCCGGAGCGCCUCUUCCGCGUUGUUGACAUGUACGAGGCUGUGCGUGACAUCCUUCCUGACCUUGAUCCUGUGUUCUCCGACCCGUACUCUGCUACACUCCGCGCAGAGGUCUCGACGAUGUGCAACACACUGGGGUCCUCAAUCAAAGGUAUAUUUAUGGAAUUGGAGAACCUCAUCCGCCGUGACCCUGCCCGAGUUGCUGCCCCUGGUGGUGGCAUACACCCAAUCACUCGGUAUGUUAUGAACUAUCUCCGUGCUGCGUGUGGGUCGCGGCAGACAUUGGAGGAGGUGAUGGAAGGUGACUUGGGGGCUAAUGGAGGAGCGCCUGUGGCUGUUGACCCUGACCGCCCCACCUCAUCGCUUGCUGUGCACAUAGCAUGGAUCAUGGACGUUCUUCACAAGAAUUUGGAUACAAAGUCUAAGAUUUACCGUGAUCCGUCACUUGCUUCUAUCUUCUUGUUGAACAAUGGCAAGUACAUCAUACAGAAGGUGAAUGACAGUGAGUUAGGUGUUUUACUUGGUGAUGAGUGGAUCAAGCAGAUGACAACUAGAGUUCGCCGGUGGAGCGUGGAUUAUCAGCGGACAACAUGGGGCAAGGUUACAACUGUGCUGCAAACUGGUAGUCCAGGCAUUGGUGGACUCCCAGCCAAGGCGAUGCUGCAGAAAUUGCGUAUGUUUAAUACAUACUUUGAGGAGAUCUUUGCGACACAAUCAGAAUGGGUGAUAGCAGAUGAACAGCUAAGGGUGGACAUUAGGGCAGCAGUGGAGGAUUCAGUGAUGCCAGUUUAUGCCUCUUUAAUUGCCAAGUUGAAGUCUUCUCCUGAAACUGGGCGUGAUUGGUUCAUCAAAUACACCCCAGAAGAUGUUGUAGCCCGCAUCCGUCACUUGUUUGAAGGAGCAGCAAAGUGAUAAAUUAAUCGGUAACCUGUUAUGUGGCAGCUUCUGCUCUAUUAAAUUCUUCAAGAUGCUAUAUGGAUUUUGGGUUCGUGGUUAAUAUCUGGUAGUCACAUAUGAUGCUGCUGUUGGCUCAACUUGCAAUGAAGUUAUGGAGUUCAGCAAAUGUAGGUCUGUGUGUCUGUAUCAAUCAGUAGCGUAAUUAUGUUGUAACAAUAUUAGGGCUCCAUUCUGUUUCAAACUCUACUUUAAUUUAACCCCAUUAAGUGUUAUGUGUGAAAUUCAUCAAGUUUGUGCUCAACCUUCUGAAAUUCUAA